AUGACGAGUUCACACUCAUCUUAUUUCAUCAUCGAGGUGAAUGCUCGUCUGUCCCGGAGCUCGGCCCUGGCCAGUAAAGCCACUGGUUAUCCUCUGGCCUACGUGGCAGCCAAACUGGCCCUGGGGAUCCCACUGCCACAGCUCAAAAACUCUGUCACCAACUCCACGACGGCAAACUUUGAACCCAGUUUGGAUUACUGUGUGGUGAAGGUGCCUCGCUGGGACCUCAGCAAGUUCCUCAGGGUUUCCACCACGAUCGGCAGCUCCAUGAAGAGUGUUGGGGAGGUGAUGGCUAUUGGCCGCAGCUUCGAGGAGGCCUUCCAGAAAGCUCUGAGGAUGGUGGACGAGAACUGUGUCGGCUUCGACCACACGAUCAAAGCUGUCUCAGAAACGGAGCUGCUGGUUCCCACCGACAAGCGCAUCUUCGUGCUGGCGGCGGCGUUCAAAGACGGCUACACGGUGGACCAGCUGUACGAGCUCACAAAGAUCGACCGCUGGUUCCUGUACAAGAUGAAGAACAUCUCCGACCACGAGCGGCUGCUGGAGACCUACAACCAGGACGAGAGCACCAUGCCUCCGGAGGCCAUGCUGAAGGCCAAGCAGCUGGGGUUCUCCGACAAGCAGAUCGCACUGGCUGUGCAGAGCACUGAGCUUGCGGUGAGGAAGCUGCGCCACGAUUGGUCGAUCAUCCCUGUGGUGAAGCAGAUCGACACGGUGGCUGCCGAGUGGCCGGCGUUCACGAACUACCUGUACCUGACCUACCACGGCACGGAGAACGACCUGACCUUCGAGGACCAGCACGUCAUGGUGAUCGGCUCGGGCGUGUACCGCAUCGGCAGCAGCGUGGAGUUCGACUGGUGCGCGGUGGGCUGCAUCACCGAGCUCAGGAAGAUGGGUUAUAAGACCAUCAUGGUGAACUACAACCCUGAGACCGUCAGCACCGACUAUGACAUGUGUGACCGCCUCUACUUUGAUGAAAUCUCCUUUGAGGUGGUGAUGGACAUCUAUGAGAGGGAGAACCCGGAGGGGGUGAUCCUGUCGAUGGGAGGCCAGCUGCCCAACAACAUCGCCAUGCCGCUGCACCGUCAGCUGUGCCGCAUCCUGGGCACGUCGCCCGAGUUCAUCGACAGCGCCGAGAACCGGUUCAAGUUCUCCAGGAUGCUGGACACCAUCGGCAUCAGCCAGCCACAGUGGAAGGAGCUCUCUGACACUGAGUCUGCUAUGAAGUUCUGUGAGAAGGUGGGAUAUCCCUGCCUCGUCCGUCCGUCCUACGUCCUCAGCGGAGCAGCCAUGAACGUGGCCUACGCCGACACCGACCUUGAGAAAUACCUGUGUAACGCCAUGGCUGUGUCCAAGGAGCACCCUGUCGUCAUCUCCAAGUUCAUACAGGAAGCUAAGGAGAUCGAUGUGGACGCAGUAGCAUGUGACGGGGUGGUGAUGGCCAUCGCGGUGUCUGAACAUGUGGAGAACGCCGGCGUUCACUCCGGCGAUGCCACACUGGUGACGCCGCCUCAGGACAUCAACCAGAAGACCAUGGAGAGGAUCAAGAUCAUCGUCCACGCCAUCGGCCAGGAGCUGCAGGUCACCGGGCCCUUCAACCUGCAGCUGAUCGCCAAGGACGACCAGCUGAAGGUGAUCGAGUGCAACGUGCGGGUGUCCCGCUCCUUCCCCUUCGUGUCCAAGACCCUGGGCGUGGACCUCGUGUCCCUGGCCACACGUCUCAUCAUGGGGGAGGACAUGGAGCCCGUGGGCCUGAUGAGAGGGAAGGGCAUCGUGGGAGUGAAGGUUCCUCAGUUCUCGUUCUCUCGGCUGGCCGGAGCCGACGUGGUGCUCGGGGUGGAGAUGACCAGCACCGGAGAGGUCGCCUGUUUUGGGGAGAACCGAUACGAGGCGUACCUCAAAGCCAUGCUCUCCACGGGCUUCGUGAUCCCCAAGAAGAACAUCCUGCUCUCCAUCGGCAGCUAUAAGAACAAGAGUGAGCUGCUGCCCACCGUGCAGGCGCUGGAGUCUCUGGGUUACGACCUGUACGCCAGCCUGGGCACCGCCGACUUCUACACCGAGCACGGAGUCAAGGUGAUGGCGGUGGACUGGCCGUUCGAGGAGGAGGAGAGUGAUUGUCCCACUAAAGAGAAGCAGCGCAGCAUCAUGAACUACCUGGAGAACCACCACUUCGACCUGGUCAUCAACCUCUCCAUGAGGAACAGCGGAGGCCGGCGCCUCUCCUCCUUCGUCACCAAAGGCUACAGGACCAGGCGCAUGGCCAUCGACUACUCCGUCCCGCUCAUCAUCGACAUCAAGUGCACGAAGCUCUUUGUUCAGGCUCUUCGUCAGAUCGGCCCGACUCCUCCGGUGAAGACUCACAUCGACAGCAUGGCUUCCCAGACGCUGGUCCGUCUCCCUGGUCUGAUCGACGUGCACGUUCACCUGCGUGAGCCCGGUGCCACACACAAGGAGGACUUCUCCUCCGGGACGGCCGCCGCUCUGGCAGGAGGCGUGACCAUGGUGUGUGCGAUGCCCAACACGUCCCCGGCCGUGACCGACGCCAGCACUCUGGCUCUGGUGCAGAAGCUUGCCAAAGCCGGCUGCAGGUGUGACUACGCCCUGUACCUGGGAGCGGCCUCAGACAACGCCGCGGUGCUGCCGUCCAUCGCCAGCCAGGCGGUCGGUCUGAAGAUGUACCUGAACGACACCUACUCCACCCUCAAGAUGGACAACGUGUCCCUCUGGAUGGAGCACUUUGAGAAGUGGCCCAAGCAGAUGCCCAUCGUGGCUCACGCUGAGAAGCAGACGGUGGCUGCCAUCCUGAUGGUGGCUCAGCUCUACCAGCGCCCGGUGCACAUCUGCCACAUCGCCAAGAAGGAGGAGAUCCUGAUCAUCCGCGCGGCCAAGCAGAAGGGCAUCCAGGUCACGUGUGAGGUGGCGCCUCAUCACCUCUUCCUGUGUGAGGACCACGUGCCGGACAUCGGUGACGGUCGGGCGCAGGUCCGCCCCAUGCUGGGAACCCGGGAGGACAUGGAGGCGCUCUGGGAAAACCUGGACAUCAUCGACUGCUUCGCCACAGACCACGCGCCUCACUCUGUCGAGGAGAAGAACAGCGAGCGCCCUCCUCCUGGUUACCCCGGCCUGGAGACCAUGCUGCCGCUGCUGCUCACCGCGGUCAGCGAUGGACGUCUGACUCUGGACGACAUCAUCAGACGUCUUUAUGACAACCCCCGCAAGAUCUUUAACCUGCCUGUCCAGGAAAACACCUACGUAGAGGUGGACCUGGAGCACGAGUGGGUGAUUCCUCCGUCCAUGCAGUUCACCAAGUCCAAGUGGACUCCGUUCCAGGGUCUGAAGGUGAAGGGUAAAGUCCGCCGGGUGGUUCUGAGAGGAGAGGUGGCCUACAUCGACGGGCAGGUGUUGGUGGCUCCAGGUUACGGUGAAGAUGUGAAGACGUGGCCCGCGGCCGCCAUCAUCCCCCCCGAGCCGGUUAAAGAAGCUCCCAUGACUCCAGAGCACACUCGUCCCACUCCUCCUCGUGACGGCCCGAUCAGAACCCGAGCGGCGAGCCCCCGGCGCGGCGCAGGGGACGGCCGCUACAUGAUGCCACCGCGCACCCACCGGGCCUCUGACCCCGGUCUACCACUGGGUACUUCUUCACUGGGACCCUCUGUUAUGACACUUUUAUUAAUGUAGCUUAGAGAAAUAAUUGUUGCACUGUGUUGUUGUGUAGAGAUGAUGAUGAUGCUUCCUCCAGCCGUGGUGGCGGACGGCUACAGCCACCCCCCCCCUCUGUCCCGGCUGCUCUCCCCUCAGCCGGGUCCCGGUCAGAUUCUCGCUGGACCGGCGUCCCACUUCCAGACGUCUCCGUUCCUGCACCCGCUGAUCGGCCAGCACAUCCUGUCUGUGCGGCAGUUCAGCAAAGAACAGAUCUCACACCUUUUCAACGUCGCCCACACUUUGCGUAUGAUGGUUCAGAAGGAGAGAAGCGUGGACAUCCUGAAGGGGAAAGUGAUGGCGUCCAUGUUCUACGAGGUCAGCACUCGCACCAGCUCCUCCUUCGCGGCGGCCAUGCAGCGCCUCGGCGGCUCCGUCGUCCACUUCAGUGAAUCCACCUCGUCCACGCAGAAAGGAGAAUCUCUGGCCGACUCGGUUCAGACCAUGAGCUGCUACGCCGACGUGCUGGUGCUCCGACACCCGACGCCCGGAGCUGUGGAGAGCGCGUCCCGUCACUGCCGUAAACCGGUGAUCAACGCUGGAGACGGCGUCGGGGAGCAUCCCACCCAGGCCCUGCUGGACGUGUUCACCAUCAGAGAGGAGCUGGGGACGGUCAACGGGAUGACGAUAACUAUGGUCGGGGAUCUGAAACAUGGCCGCACGGUUCAUUCCCUCGCCAAACUGCUGACCCAGUACCGCAUCACUCUGCGCUACGUGGCGCCCAAGAACCUCCACAUGCCGGCUGAGAUCAUCAGCUACGUGGCCUCCAAGGGCAUCAAACAGGAGGAGUUUGAGAGCAUUGAAGAAGCUCUGCCUGAGACCGACGUGCUCUACAUGACGAGGAUCCAGAAGGAGCGGUUCGCCUCCGAGGAGGAGUACAAGGCCUGUUUCGGUCAGUUCAUCCUCACUCCUCACAUCAUGACUGUGGCCAAGAGGAAGAUGGUGGUGAUGCAUCCGCUGCCCAGAGUCAAUGAAAUCAGUGCCGAAGUGGACACGGACCCCAGAGCAGCGUAUUUCCGCCAGGCGGAGAACGGCAUGUACAUCCGAAUGGCCCUGCUGGCCACCGUACUGGGCAGAUAGAACCCACUUGAUGAUAAGUGUUAGAACCUUCAAUGUUGUUCCCUGAAAUUAACACAAUCGACAGCACAGUGUUUGAUGUCAGCUGAUUUUUUUUAAUCUGUAACACAACGCUGCUUUUCUCCAGUUAUCUUUAGGUCAACUGUAAAAUUACCAUAUAUUUUUCAGCAACUGUUUCUGUUUUUUAUAUAUAUAUCUUCAGACAAAUUAAGCAUUAUCCCAAAACUUCUUUAAAGUCUUAUUUUUUUGUUUUUUUUGUUUGUUAGCGACGGUUAGAAGAUUAUUGAGUGUUUGUUUAUCAGUGAGAGAGAAGAAGAAGCUGCUUGGAGGAGAACUGGAGGCAUUGAAAUCAGAAAUAUAAUCUAAUGAUGUUUAUGAAAUUAAUCCUCUGGUUGCUCCGUUAAAGACUCGACUGUAGGUGACUUUAAAGGGACCAGCUCGCACACUAAAAAGGGAGAAUGUAGCAUUCUAUAGGGAUAAGGUACGCUCUGUUACUUCUUUUGUAUGAAUUGUGUCUUUCCUUAUGUGUAGAAAUAACUGGAGGUGGAUACGCACACAUGUCUCACAGGUUGAGGGGUAUUCGUCUUUUUUUAAAUCCAAAUGGGACGUCGGGAACGUGUUGGUGAAUGACUGUAUCAUGUGGAGAAAUAAAUAAUAAAAGGACAAUCUUCCCCA